AUGCCAGACCUAACUCUCUGUAUGCUGGGAUGCGGUAAUCUCGGUACACCCAUCCUACAAAGUCUCAUUAACGCCCCUCCCAACUCUCUCCAUGGCAUCACCCAAUUCAUCGCCUGCGUCCAAAGCGAAAGUUCCGAAGCGCGGCUCAAAACACUAUUCACCCAAAACGGAAACAUGCGCAUCUCGAGAAACGACAAUGUAACCGCCAUCAAAGACUCAGACGUCAUAAUCCUUGGCGUUGACCCUUCGCAAGUCGAAGCGAUGUUAAAGAAUGACGGCAUCAAAGAAGCGUUACGAGGAAGGCUCCUCAUAAGUAUUGUUGCAGGGUGGUCGCGCCCCGCCCUAGAAUCGCUCAUCGACGCCAAAGCGGACGCCUACGAAGGCGUUGAAACCCCCGUUGAAAAAAGAACAUGGGUUCUACGUACCCUCCCCAAUGUAGCAGCACUCGUCUCCCAAUCUUUAACCGCCAUUGAACACCACCCCUCGCCCUCGUUCCCGCCUCACUACUCGGACCUAGCAACUGCCAUAUUCUCUCGAAUCGGUAAAUCCCUCCCCAUCCCACCUAGCCUCAUGCCCGCAACCACAGCCGUCAGUGGUUCGACACCCGCGUUCUGGGCCAUCAUAGUCGAUAGCCUCAUCGACGCUGCUGUUGCUGUGGGGGUUCCUCGUAAACUAGCUCAAGAGCAGAUAUAUCAGAGUAUGAGGGGCAGUGCGGAGAUGCUUCAGAGUGGGAUACAGCCGGGAGAACUGAGGGAUAUGGGGACGAGUCCUGAGGGGUGUACGAUUGCAGGAGUGAUGGUGUUGGAGGAAGGUGGGGUUAGAGGGGUCUUGGGGAGGGCGUUGAGGGAGAGUGUUACGGUUGCUAGGGCGAUGGGUAAGGUUGGUGAGGGGGAAGAGGUGCACGUCAAUGAUACUAGGAAGAUCUAG